AUGCCUCCCACGGGGGGCGAGGAGCAGUCGGAAACCUCUUCCCCGUGCAAAGGCCGGAGGGAAACUGAGCACCAGGCAGCUGCGCCGGCCCAGUCGAGCUGCCUCGGGGCCUCGGAGGAGAGCAGGGUCUUCCGGCAGGGACCCCUUCUGGGGCGAACGCCCUCUCUCCGUACCAGCCGGCCUGCCCUGGCUCCCCCCCAGCCGCAGCCAGGGCUGAGGCAGCCAGGCCCCGGGGGUCACGGGAUUUCCCUCCCCAGCAGGCAGAGACCCCGGUCUGGGCCCCGACUGCACCAUGGGCGGGGCUGGGCCCCAACUCCAGCACUGGGGGGCGAGAAAAGUGAAGCCUGCGGAAUCAGCUGCAGCGCUCACCAGAGCCCCCACCGGGCCCCUGAACCCCCAAUCCCGGCAGCAGAGACGGCACCGGUGGCUGGCGUGAACGUGGUGGUGGUGGUGGACGGGAGCUGUAUCCUCCAGUACACGCAUCGGGACUCCCCCUGCCGUUGUCUCCGCCGCGCGGACACCCUGCUGGCCCGCCGGCCACCCCCCUGCUACGGGGCUGCUGCCCCCUGCAGCCCCCCCGCCGCCGGACCCCCCCUCUCCCGCCGGGCCCGAGGCCUGGGUGUCCGCUGCUGCGCUGAGUUUUGCCUGGGGGAGGAAGAGGAGCGGGCGGAGCGGAGACCCCGCCACCAGGGGGCGCCUCCCCGCCGCGCCCCCCCGCCCGGCCGGCUGACGCCGGUGCCCCUGCCCCGCAGCGCCACGGGGCCCUGGUUUACGGUGGAGGCGCCGGAGGACGGUGGACCCGGGGCCCAGGUGGCCAGGAUCUGGGACCGGGGGCGCUGCCCCCUGCUGGAGGAGGGCGACCUCGUGGCCAAAGUGAACGGGGCCGACGUGAGGGGCCUCGGGCCCCGGGAGGUGGAGAACGUCCUGCAGCAGCACACGCGGGCCGGGGACGUCAUCCUGCUGGUGGAGCGGAGAGGUAAUGGGGGCUGCGGGCACUGGGGGGGCACUCCUCACUGCUUCACUUCCUGCCUGACCCACUAG